AUGUUCACCAGAAUUCUAUCUUUAGAGGAUGACAAUAUUUGGAAUAGUUACUUCAAUAAUCAAUUUACAGGAGUAGAAACUAAAAACAGUCAAAACUGUGAUCUCCCAACAGGAAAAAAACAAUAUUUCUUAGAUGAAUGCAACUUUUUUGAUGAUCAUGAUAGAGUUAUCUAUUUUAAUAAUGUUUCCGACACUUUAUUUCUACAUAAUCAGUGUUCAUUUAGUAAAUGCACUUCAACAUUAAAUGGAAGUUGCGUUUACUACCAAAUUGGCAAGAAUAGUUCAAUUGUUCAACGCAAAUUCUGUUGUACAAAAUGCGAAGGUAAAGGAAAUGGCCAAUUUUCAUAUACAAAAGUUGACACAGAUAACAUAAACUUUAUUAUUGAAAGUUCCAUUUUCGAUGUAGGAAAUGAAAAUGGAGGAUCUGUUUGUCAAACAGAGAAUGAUAAUGUCGUUGUCUCAUCAACAAAUUUCUCAUCAAAUAAAGCUUCUAACCAACCUGCUGGACAUUAUAGAGGUAAAUCACUUCAAUACACAACAACAUUUAACUAUUCAACUGUUGUUAAUAAUUUAGCAACAAAUAAUAUAUUAAAUGUUUGGUAUAAAGCUUUGAUUGAUUCAUGUAAUAUUAUAAAUAAUACCAAAACAACAUCAGAAAGUGGAAUUAUUUACCAUACAGUUAAUUCUCUUACUGUAAAAAGUUGUUCUUUUAUUAACAACACUACUCCUCAAGGUUCAUAUUUGAUAUAUAACAAAGAAGCCGAUCAAUUAACAGUUGAUAGUUGUUACAUUGACAAUUCGAUUUCAUCAACAUUUCUUAGUAAUGUAAAACCUAAAAAUACAAGAGAACUAUUUACUAACAAAUUGAUUCAUUUUUCAACUGGUAAUUGCCAAGCAGAAUUUACAAUUAUCAAAUCAAUAGAUAAAACUGAAUCCAUUGCAAUUUUCUCUCACCGAUUCCCACGUCGUCGAUUAUUAAAUAUUUUAUAUUAA